UUGUUAUAUUUUUUUCUCCAUAAAUCGAGGGUUUUAAACUAUCCUUUGCAGCCUCUUUGUCCGAUCAUCUUCUUCUUUCCCCCCUCUCUCUCCUUCUACUUCCUAGUUUUGUUGAAUCGUUUUCUGCUUUCUCUAACCAGAAAAAUGGCGGAAUUAAAGAAGAAGUUAACUUACGAAGAAUGCCGAUUGAAGAGAAUCGAAGAGAACAAGAAGAGAUGGCAAGAGCUGAAGCUAACUAUGCUCGCUGAAGAUGUUCACAACGCUACGAGCCCUAAGCCCUCUCCUAUGAAGAAGGUGAAGCCGACGGUUAGACAGGAGGUUGAUCGCUCUGCUGUGAGAAGGUCCAAUCGUGUUGCGGAUAAGCCUCCUCCCAACUAUAAAGAAGUUCUUAUUGAACCUUUGGGACGACCAAGGAGCUACAAGCGAAAAGAUUUGUUAAAUCGCGUCUAUGCUGCAGAUGAAGAUAGGCAGUAUGCUAUAGGAAGAGCAGAGCAGUUGCAAUCAGAGUUUGAUGCUGAUUUCCCAAGUUUUGUGAAACCUAUGCUGCAAUCACAUGUAACUGGUGGGUUUUGGCUGGGUCUUCCUGUUCAUUUUUGCAAGACACAUCUCCCUAAACACGACGAAUAUGUUACCUUGGUUGAUGAGAAUGGAGAUGAAUUUCAAACAAAAUACCUUGCGUUGAAGACGGGCCUGAGUGGUGGAUGGAGGGGGUUUGCCCUUGAUCAUGAAUUAGUUGAUGGUGAUGCACUAGUUUUUCAGUUGGUUGCGCCAACAAGAUUUAAGGUUUACAUCAUAAGGGUUAAUCAAGCGGAAGAUUAGGAGACAAAAGAUAAUGAAAUGAAUCAAGGAACAAAAAUGUCAUACACCUGAGUGUAGCUUUUGGGAUCACCCUUCUCUCCUUGUAGAUGUCUAAAUUAUUUAGGAACCUGGAGCAAGCAUCACUGUAAUUAUUAUUGCUGCUUGAGUACUCCUUUGACAUUAUAACUUAGUACUAAUGCCGAAAAUCAACCAUGCGACUCGUAUGGUGCAAUAGUUUUUGUUCAUCCUGGAGCUUUUCCUUUUA